UGUAUAUAAAACGACAGCGAAGAAAGCUGGCAUCAGUUCUUCAAGUGACAGUCACGUACCUUAAUUCAAGUACUUAUUAAUUAUAAGCAAGAUGAAGAUCUGCUUGGUCGCUCUUGUCGUAGCAGUUGCGGUGGUUUAUGUUUCCUCGACUCCUCUGCCAGAUAAUUUUGAAGACGUCGUCGAAGAAGCACGUGGUGAAAGACACCGAAGAGUGACAUGUGACUUGUUGUCCUUUGGUGGUAAGGUUGGUGACUCUGCUUGUGCUGCCAAUUGUUUGAGCAUGGGAAAAGCUGGUGGACGUUGUAACGGUGGAGUCUGUCAAUGCCGAAAGACAACCUUCGCGGAGCUCUGGAACAGACGUUUUGGAUAAUGAUUUUGAAAAUGAAAAUAUUUUUUUUUCAAAUUUAAUGUUUGACCGGAACGUUUAAAAAUUUUCUCAACCCUCGUAGUAUUUCUCAGUAGGUUAAUGAUAAUGAGUGUAAUCUUUAACUGGACUUAUAUUAUUUUUAAGAGAACAACACAUCUUCAUCUCUCUUUUUGCCGUUUACAAUAAGUUUCAAUAUUUUUCGACUUAAAAACGUUCAGAGAUAGUCGUUUUUACAUUUUUGUUGUCUUUUGUCACCAUCUCAUAUUUUUAUAAUCGUUUACUUCAAAACUGUUAAAAAUGUUAUCUCCUGAGUAUUUUAAUCUAUAUUUUAAUGACAAAUGCGAUUUUUAUUAUUAUUUUUUGGUAAUCUUAAGUAAAACGUUAUCGGUAAAUGAUUGCAUAACUAAAAGGAGUCACACGAUUUCCAACAAUUAUCAUACAUGCAUUAUAAAAUUGAUAUCUGUUAUUCUAUCACAUGCCUGACGUCUUAUACUUUUUCUCCUUAUUUUGUGACAUGUACUAUGUUAUUUUGUUUCAAUAAAUUUUUAUAACUUUAAAAUUUCA